CCAGCCAUUCUGAAUCACGUUCUUCGCUCUUUGCUCUCUCAUCGUUAGCGAAUGAAAGCUCUUACCGGGGAGAGGAAAUUCAGAAGCUGCUGCUGCUGUAACCGCUUGAAUACAAUGGUCAAUGGGGCUCACCAACAGUGGAGAUUGCCAUGCGAAGCGGGCUGAGCAAGUUGUAAUCUGCAAGCGUUACAGACGGUGAUGUCACCACCAUGCAGACGACAAGAUCGCACCACCUUCGCCAGCUAUCCUCGCUCGUGUCGCUGACUCCAGGAUACCAAGCUCCCGACUGCAGAAGCCUCCUCGACUGGGCACGCGUGGUCUCCACCCGAGGCCAGCUCCAGGAAGUCCUUUCUCAACUGUACGCUCUUGCUUUGCCCAUUGACGACCAGGCCUUCGCUGCUCUUUUCCACGCUUGUGCCCGCCACAAAUGCCUGGAACAAGGCGAGGCCUUGCAUCGUUACAUGCUUCUUAACUGGAAUGGCCCACCGGACCUCUUCGUGUCGAACCACCUGGUCAACAUGUAUGCGAAGUGCGGGGAUCUAGAGUGCGCCCGCAAGGUGUUCGAUGAUAUGCCGCAUAGAAACCAUGUUUCUUGGACGGCUCUCGUUUCUGGGUAUGCACAGCAUGGCCGGGGGGACGAGUGUUUUAGUCUGUUCUCGGGUAUGUUGGCCCAUCACCGCCCGAAUGAGUUCGCGUUCGCCAGUGUGCUCAGUUCGUGCCGGGAGUGUGACGGUGAUCGUGGCCGACAGGUACAUGCGCUUGCCCUGAAAAUGUCCUUGAACUCGUGUCAUUACGUUGGGAACUCUCUUAUUGCAAUGUAUAACAAGACAAGUGGCCGCCAAAGUGGUUUUGAUGAGCAUAAAGAUGAGGCUUGGACUGUGUUUAGAAGUUUGGAAUCUCGCAAUCUGAUCACUUGGAACUCAAUGAUUGCAGGGUUUGAGCUCCGUGGCCUUGGAAGACUGGCUAUCAAUCUGUUCGCCCAAAUGCAUACAGGAGGAUAUGGAUUUGAUCGUGCUACACUUCUUGGAAUCUUUUCUUCCUUGUCAGAAACCAGCGGUGCUGAUGUUGGAUUUGCCCUUAAUUGUUGUCUGCAGUUACACUGUCUCACAGUUAAAACUGGUUUUACCUCAGAAGUGGAAGUGACGACCGCACUGGUGAAGGCUUAUUCAGAUCUUGGAGGAGAUGCCGCUGACUGCUACAAGCUCUUUUUGGAGACUGAUGCUCACAAAGACGUUAUUUGUUGGACGGGCAUCAUAGCAGCAUUGGCAGAACGUGAACCUGAAGAGUCCUUCUUCCUCUUUCGCCAGUUGCUUCGAGAGAGAAUAUCUCCCGAUUGGUAUACGUUUUCUAGUAUCCUAAAAGCAUGUGCCAGUCUUAUGACUGAGAAACAUGCCUUAUCGGUGCAUUGUCAAGUAAUUAAAUCUGGAUUUGAUGGGGAUACAGUGCUUGCCAACUCCUUAAUCCAUGCCUAUGCAAGAUGUAGCUGCAUGGCUUUGUCUAAGCAAGUUUUUGACCUGAUGGAUUCUCAUGAUUUGGUUUCUUGGAACUCAAUGCUUAAAGCUUAUGCUCUGCACGGGCAAGGUAGGGAGGCAUUGCAGCUCUUUGUACGAAUGAACUUCCGACCCGAUAGCAGUACUUUUGUUGCUCUCCUCUCCGCAUGUAGCCAUGCUGGACUGGUGGAAAAUGGAAUUAACAUAUUUGAUGCCAUGUCAACAGACUAUGGUGUUGCUCCACAGCUUGAUCAUUAUGCUUGCAUGGUCGAUAUUCUUGGAAGAGCUGGGCGUGUUCUUGAGGCACAGGAAGUGAUAAACAGAAUGCCUAUGCAACCUGAUUCAGUGGUCUGGAGUGCACUUCUGGCAGCAUGCAGGAAACAUGGUAAUGCACAACUAGCAAAAACAGCAGCUAUUAAACUGAAGGAGUUGGAACCUAAUAAGUCCUUGGGAUAUGUGCAACUAUCGAACAUUUGUUGUUCAGGCGGAAGAUUUGAUGAAGCUGGUCUAAUUAGAUACGAAAUGAAUCAUUCCAGAGUGAAAAAAGAACCAGGUUUAAGCUGGAUCGAAAUAGGAAAUCAGAUGCAUGAGUUUGCAUCUGGAGGAAGGAGACAUCCACUGAGGGACAAGAUAUAUGUGAAGCUUGAUGUAUUUAUUGGCAAGCUGAAAGAGCUGGGUUAUAUGCCAGAAACAUGCUUGGCAAUGCAUGACUUAGAAGAGGAGCACAAAGAGGAGCAAUUGCUUUACCACAGUGAGAAGUUGGCUUUAGUAUUUGCAACAAUGAAGGAAAGUAGUUUGCCAAGAGUUAUAAAAAUCAUUAAAAAUAUCCGCAUUUGUGUUGAUUGCCAUUACUUCAUGAAAAUGGCCUCAGAUCUUCUGAACAGGGAGAUAAUUGUGAGAGAUUCGAACCGAUUCCACCAUUUCAAAAGCAGGGUUUGCUCUUGCAAUGACUAUUGGUAACUCAUUUCCAGGAUUAGAUUGGAUUAAGUGGUUAUAUCAUUGUCCCUUCAUGAGAAGAUGUGAGCAACCCCUCCAAGAUUUAUAUGGCUGAGUGGGAUUCUAUGUGUUCAGCAUCAUAGCAUGGUAAGAAUUUUGUGAAGCAGAAAGUGCUUUCUGUUGAUUAAUUAUGUAAAUGUUCCAUUGAGUCCCGUUUUAGCUCCUUGGACAUGGAAGCACCUGAAGUAGAAUGUUCAAUCUGGACGUUGAAAGUCUUAGAAGAUAUCAUACUGCAGUUUCUAAGCAUGCAUUGGAGGCUUUUUAAGAGCUCAAGUGCCUUGCAGUUAGAUAUGAUUUCUUAAGUGAUAUGAAUAGCCUUCAAGUUCACUCCAUCGCACUUUCUGAACACAUUAUCUGGUGGCACUUGUGUGGAUCAACUUAAUCUCAGAGAAUGCUCGUUUAGGAUGGAGAUAUUACUGCUGACGAGGAUGAAAUGUUUGAAUAAGUCCCUGGUCCAAAGAAAUUGAGUUACAUCCGGGGUUGGGAGGCCAGCCCAAAGCCUCAGACAUCUCCUCCUAAUCCAGGGGUCUUGCAAAUGCUAGAAAGUCAAGUUCAGGAAGACACUAGCCAUGCGAGUGAGGCAACUAAAUGGCCAGGAGAUAUGCAAACGAAUCGAAAUGUCACGAGUACCAAGUGAAUCCGGGCAAAGUCAACUCGGG